UGCAGCGACUGAGGUAGGAGUGCAGGUCGGCACAGUCGCUGCUGCACUCAUAGCAGCGGCCCUGGAAAUUCUUUUCCUCGUAGAAUGUGAUCUGAGGAAGGACGGGAAGCAGAGAAUAAUCUGCGGUGAGUUACGGAUAAAAACAAAUAUCAUAUUACUACAGGAUCACAUAUUACAUGAACACUUUAUUCAGAUAUUCUCAAAGUCAUAUAAAAAUGUCAAAGCCAUAUCUUCAAACUACUAAGCUGAAGUUAACUUUUUGUAUUUGCAGGAAUAUGAAGAGUCUUGGCUGCACAUGAAUGAAUAAAAAAUAAACAUAUAAACCCAAGGGCUCAACAUUUACAUUGAAUAAGUAUAUGCAUUGAAGUUACUAUCAUCACUGAUAAAUACAGAUAAUUUUUUUAAUGCGUCACCUUACCUUCACCAUUUUGCAGCACUGUAUACUACUUUCUUAGCUGCCGCACCGUCAAAGUAUUUAUGUAUAAACAAAAUGUGCAGAGUGUGGAAAGCUUUUGAUAUCCAAAUGAGGCUGAUUUGCAUAUCAGCACAAAUGAUUUGGUCAUGUUUAAUUUCUCUUUGGUCCAGUCUAAUGACUCUGUAACAAACAAUUGCUGGAACAGUGAAAUAAAUGUUAUAAAGGCCUAAGUCACAGCAUUCUGCUCUUUUUAUGAUCAUUUAUUUUUCUGUAGGAGUUUACAUCUUGGAUAUACUGAGCGUGUUUCCUAUUCCACUACUCUUGUUGAAGAACAUGGACUUGAUCAAGUUUCCUCUUCGUCUGAUUUCAAAGAUGAUCUGCAUGUUUAUGUGAGAUUUGUACUUUCUUUUUUUUUUAAACAUCCGUAACUAUUUCUGCUGUAUUGUACUACAUUUUCAAACGAUACGAAUAUUUAAAUUGCUACUUGGGCUUGAAAUACAGUAUUUUACAUUUUUCAAUAAUUACUUCAGUUGUGAUUUUUGAAAUGACAAACAUGUAGCCUAUUUUUAAUUGAUAAGCGGGGUGUUGAUAAGCGGGUGUGGAUAUUGGCAAGAUAUUUGCCUCGCUACCACUCUCUGUGAACAGAUUUUCUGACAGUUACUUAAUACUGAUUUGAGGUCAAAUCAUUCCUUGGUAGAAAUUGAAGUGGAUGUAUACUGAAAGCAACUAUGGAUACUCAAUGAAAUGUCAAUGAGAGCUAAAUUAACUCUAACCUUGAUCAUGAAAAUACUGGAAAAACAACCUUUUAGCUAAGCUUAGCAUAUUUCUCAAUACUCUUGGAUCAUUUCUCAACCUGAUCUCAGAGCAUUUUGUAUUAUUCUGUACGUAAAUUUAAAACACUUCAUUUAGUAUGAUAUGUUAGGUUUCGUAUGGUAUGUAUUAAUUUAUGGAUGUCCAUCACCAAUUUCAUAUGAUAUGUUACGAAUUACAAUUCCUAUUACAUGUUACGAAUUUGCAAAACAUACAGUAUGUUAUGAAUUUACGAAACGUAUGAUAUGUUACAAAUUCUAGCUAGGUGGCUAACAUUAGCUAGGUGGGGUGGGCCGUCAUUGUAAAUAAGAAAUUGUUCUUAACUGACUUGCCUAGUUAAAUACAGUUUAAAUAAAACAUUUACAAAUACAUACAAAUCUAGGCUAGGGGUUAGGUUAAAGGUUAGGGUUAAGUUUACAAGUUAGGUUAAAAGGUUAGUGUUAGAGUUAGGGUUAGGGGUAGGGUUAGCUAAAAGGAUUAUUAGAAGGUUAAGGUUAGGGGAAGUGUUAUGGUUAGGGUUAGGGGAUGGGUUAGCUAACAUGCUAAGUAGUUGCAAAGUAGCUAAAAAGUAGUAAGUAGCUAAAAUGCUAAAGUUGUUCUUGAUGAGAUUUGAACUUUCAUCCUUUGGGUUGCCUUAGAUUUCAAACUGUCUUACGUAACCAUACUAAACGAAUGGUUAUCAUACGUUUUCUAUGUUAGGUCUAGUCUAUGAGACCAGGCUGCAUUUCUAUAUAAUCAUGUAGGCCUAUCAUUACCUCAAGUACUGCAUGCAGCUUUUCCAUAUUUAGUCAUCAGAGCCAACCCCUUUGAAUGUAAAGUAAAACCCUUAAUGGCCCUCUAUCAACCAUCAGUAAAGAAGUCAAGCAUUCAUCCUUUCAUAACUGGUUGCAUUACUGGCAUGCUUGUAAAGGCCCACCUCCGAGGAAGUAUUUAGAGUCAUUCAUGUCGUAGUGCAGAAAUUCUUGUUCUUGUUUAGAUUCCACCUCAAAGACUGACUUAGACUGCUAAAACAUAUUAUGGAAUUGGGGGUGGGAACGUUGUGGUGAUUCCCACGUGUAGCAGAGAAAUACCAACAAAUAGGCCACUGAUUGACAGCAGUCAGUGUAACUAGCUUGCAUGUUAACCUUAGCUAGCUAAUGAGUGUUAUAUGAGUACCAUUUAAACUAAGACUAUAUUCUUUGUUCUCUCUGUUAUCAUUUCAGCAAGCUAGCUAGCUAUACACUGACUAUACAUUACAUUAAGAACACCUGCUCUUUCCAUGACAUAGACUGAACAGGUGAAUCCAGGUAAAAGCUAUGAUGCCUUAUUGAUGUCACUUGUUAAAUCUGUCAUUGUAGGCCGUCAUUGUAAAUAAGAUUUUGUUCUUAACUGACUUGCCCAGUUAAAUUAAGGUAAAAAUAAAUAAAUAAUUAAAUCCACCUCAGUCAAUGUAGUGGUGUUCUAAAAUACAAUCAUAUCACACAAUUUGACCAUUUAUAAAAUCUUCAUGUAUUUUUUUCUAUGUAGACUAGCUUUAAAGUAAGUGAAAUCUGACAAAUGAUCCAAUGGAUUAUGAUAAUUAGCUGUUAAAGAAAGGGAAAGUGUAAAAACCUUACUUUGCCCCCUAUUUUAACUUUCUCCAGGGCAGGUCGGUCAAGUGUAGGUUCGUCACUAGUUAACACGGCCACAAAGUCAUAAAACAGGAUUUUAAACCUAACUCUCCCUUUAACCCUAACCUUAACAACACUGCUAACCUUAGCCUAACCCUAACCUUAAAUUAAGACCAAAAAGCUCAUUUUUGUUUUCAUGAAUUUGUAUGAUAUAGCCAAGUCUGACUUUGUGUCUGUUUUUAUCUAGUAGAAACCCACAUGUAGACUAUUGAGGAAAGCUGUUUGGCUCUCAGUCGACUCACGAAGAGGAAGAACUUUGCAGUGGAAUAAAACAACAACAUUGCCAUGCUGGUGGGUGGUAACAUUUAAAGAAAACCCAGCCCUGAAAUGAAAUGUAGGAUGAAAAUAAUUGACACAUCAUCUAAUAGGAAAAGAUACGGAAGACUCACGGAAACAUCCGAAGUCAUACAUUCGGGUUUGGCACUUCAAGGCCAAUUAUAUCAUACUUUGACUAAAAUGAUGACUUAGUGACUUAUAUUGUUGUGCAACAUCGUAGGUAAGCUGUGGCCAUCAUCUUUUAGCUGUAAAAAGUGGAUUUCUACUGGUGUGGGAGUUUAAUAAUGAUAAGUAAACUGCUGGGUUGGUCUCCUUUCUCUGAGUUCCCCUAGCCUCUGUCCCCCUAUAGGCUGAGUCACUGCAGAAUUAACCGAGCAUGACCUCGUGACCCCAUCUGCUCCCAGGACUGUUGUCAUCCACCUCUCAAAACAGUUGUCAUGGUGACAGACACAUUCUCACCCCCUUAAAAUGUGUAUGUUAAAUACAAUACACAAUCAUUAAGAUCCAUCUUCACUGCCUAAAAAAAUGAAGUAAAAAAUUAUUGCACCAUAUAUUUCAUACCCCAAACCAAUUAUAAUGAUGGUCAAAUGUGUUGGUCUUUUGUAAAACACAAUCCAAUACAUGUUAAAAGUGUUUGUAAAAACUCUUGGUAAAAUAUGAUAAAAACAGCUAUAUGUUUUAAAUACCUAUGAUCACAUGAUAAUUCAAAUACAGUAUUAGUGCCCACUGUCUCUCUGCUUGUGCCAGCCAAGGACACAGCUGCACAAAAUCAACAGCAAGAAGCAUCCUGCUUAUUCAUCAGGAUGGGGAAUUUGAAUAACAAAAAGCCAUUUGAAAUGGUAUAAGGUAUAAAAGCUUGAGUGAACAUGGCCUAUUGGACAACAUCCCAGAGCCGCAGCAAACAAACACCAUGGUCAAGAUUACCUUCUACGAGGACAGGAACUUCCAGGGCCGUUCCUAUGAGACCAGCUCAGACUGCCCUGAGUUGACCUCCUACCUGAGCAGGUGCAACUCCUGCAGGGUGGAGAGCGGCUGCUUCAUGGUGUACGACCGCUCCAACUUCCAGGGAAACCAGUACUUUGUGAGGAGAGGAGAGUAUGGUGACCACCAGCGUAUGGGCAUGUCUGACUCUGUUCGCUCUUGUCGUAUGAUCCCCAUGCACAAAGGCCAGUUCAGGAUGCAGGCCUAUGAGAGAGAGAACUUCGGGGGUCAGAUGCACGAGCUGAUGGACGACUGUGACUCCAUCCAGGAGCGUUACCGCAUGUCCGACUGCCAGUCCUGCAACGUGAUGGAGGGCCACUGGCUCAUGUACGAGCAGCCCCACUUCAGAGGCAGGCAGAUGUACGUGAGGCCUGGAGAGUACAAGAACCUCAGAGAGAUGGGAAACAGCUCCGUGAACAGAUACAGCUCCAUGAAACGUAUCCUGGAUUCCUGCGAGAGCCAGCAUCAUUGAAGUCUGAGAUUCUUAUUUUUUUGACAUUCAAAAUAAAUAUUGGAUAAUUGAAA